AUAACCUACACCUCCGAAUGAGUCUGGUUGUUUGGCUCUACUAUCUGUAAUCUCUGAGUCUGUUUCUACCUGAAACUCAAGCAACUGUAUUGGCAUAUAGACGCAUGGUCGCAGCUGAAUCACCGCGGGAAGCACGUCGGCGGUUAAGCGCCUCCCUGGGUGCACGCAGCCUUUGGCAUUCAUUGGACCGCACGCAAGUGCUUGGAAACGGAGGGUACUAUGGGCACUCGGGAUGCGUAAAUGCUCUCAGUUGGUCGAGUGAUGGGCAGACGCUCCUGAGCGGUGGUGACGACCGCACAAUCGCUUUCUGGAGAAUGCAAGAUGAUACUGGUGAACUAUCAUUAAAGAGAGUUAUCCAGACGGGUCACACUGCGAACAUAUUUAAUGCCCAAUUCCUUCCAGAUUCACCGCUUAUCGCUACCUGUGCGGGGGACAGCGAGGUCCGAGUGUUCGAUAUCGAGCAUUCCAAGGGGCUUGGUGAGCUCAGGCGAGCAGACAAUGGUCACACAUGGGAACACAGCGGGAAGGAAGCGCUAGUGAGAGUGUUCAAAUGUCAUAGCCGCAGAACCAAGCGAAUCAUCCCCGAGUCGGCAUCGAACUUCUUGUCCGUAUCUCAGGACGGAACAGUCCGACAGCAUGAUUUGCGCAUGCCGCAUACUUGUCGGACAGGCUGCCCACCGCCCUUAAUCAAAGUGCCGCAUCAGCUCUUCGCCAUCUCUCGCUCGUCUCUAACCCCCUACUACUUCGUCGUUGCUGGCUCCUCCCCUUAUGCACAUCUAUUCGACCGCCGAAUGAUACCUCGCUUGCUAGAAGACGAAUGGGGCGUCCAGGCACAGGACGAUGAGUUGGCCCAAGCGGUACGGAGGUUCGGUCGAAGAACCAUUCCGACAUAUGAGAAGGCACGAGAUGCACAUGUGACUGGCACACGGAUGGCGGAAAGCAAUGGGCAUGAACUUCUCCUAUCUUAUAGCGGAGACGCGAUCUACCUGUAUUCCAUAUAUGACGACGUCGAAGAUACGUCGUUCGCACCCAAUGGGUCUAAUAUUGUUGCAAGAAGCCCAAAACGGAGACGAACCGAGCCGAAGAGUGAUGAACCUCAUUCUGCACAUUCUGCGAACGGAGUUUCCAGCGAACAGCGGGCGCACGACGUGUCCUUCCAGAUCACAGAACCGGAAGAAGCCGACUCUGGGGAUCUAUUGGAUGUUGAAGAUUUGGUAAUGGAUAUUGACAUGGAUGAGGAGGACCUGACCGACAUUGAAGAGGAGUUAUUUGAGGCAAGUCAAACAUUGGAUACCACGAAAUCCGAUCUCGACGGGCUCAGGACGGUCAUGCCUAGACGUACAUUUAGAGGCAUCUGCAAUAUUGAGACGGUCAAGGAUGUGAAUUUCCUUGGUCCGAACGAUGAAUUCGUUGCCUCAGGCUCCGAUGACGGCAGCUUCUUCAUUUGGGACAAGCGAACGUCACGUGUGGAAGGAAUCUAUGAAGGCGAUGGUUCAGUCGUAAACGUCAUCGAGCAGAACCCAUUCCGGCCAAUGGUGGCCGUCAGUGGCAUCGAUCACACCGUCAAAAUUUUCUCCCCUGUGCCGUCUACGACGGAACGAAAGUAUUCAAGAGUUUCCGAUGCGGAGGACAUAAUGCGACAGAAUACGCAACGAGCGGAGGCACAAGCCAAUGCCCCUGCGGUUCCUCUCAUGGAUGUUCUCAUUCAGAUGUAUGCGGCCAGAGGAGGUCGCAACAUUGUCAUUGGCGAAGGGGGAGAACGAGAGUGCCAGAUUCAAUGAUACGGCCAGCUGAUCGCAUUUAUUGAUGCUUUCACUACUGUACUAGUAUGCGCACUCAUGUAUAAAUGCACUCAUUUCGC